UCCGCACAGCCUGAUCAUUCGAAGCACAGAAGUCACGUUGCGCACCGUGCUCGUCCACCUCCCUGUCGUGCCCCGCCCGGCCUGAGAGCGCGCCCCUUCCCUCCCUGCUGUAUCGAUGAAGUUGGUUCAAAGAUGGCGGAUUUCCUGCCGUCCCGGUCCGUCUUAUCGGUUUGUUUCCCGAACUGCUUGCUCAACAGCGUCGAGGCCGAACAGACCAGAAUCUCUAAGGAGAUCGACAAGUGCAUUUCCCGGGAUAAAACAUACGUAAAGCGGCUGGUAAAGAUAUUACUGCUCGGAGCCGGCGAGAGCGGCAAGUCGACUUUCCUCAAGCAGAUGCGCAUCAUCCACGGCCAGGACUUCGAUCAGCAGGCCAAGGAAGAUUUCCGGGCUACGAUUUACAGCAAUAUUAUCAAAGGGAUUAGAGUACUGGUGGAUGCCAGAGAAAAGCUGCAUAUCCCCUGGGGUGACCCCUCUAACCAAACACAUGGAGAGAAGAUGAUGGCGUUCGACACCAGGUCGCGGAUGGUGGUCCAGGGCCUGGUGGAAACCGAGGUCUUCAUGAACUAUCUACCAUCCAUCCGAGCCCUGUGGGAGGACAGUGGGAUCCAGAAUGCCUACGACAGGCGACGAGAGUUCCAGUUGGGUGAAUCGGUAAAAUAUUUCUUGGACAAUCUGGAUACGCUUGCAAAGCCGGGCUAUCUCCCAAGUCAGCAAGAUAUCCUGCUGGCGCGAAAACCCACCAAGGGAAUCCACGAGUACGACUUUGAGAUCAAGAACGUUCCCUUCAUAAUGGUGGACGUGGGCGGGCAGCGGUCGGAGAGGAAGCGGUGGUUCGAGUGCUUCGACAGCGUCACGUCCAUCCUAUUCCUCGUGUCGUCCAGCGAGUUCGACCAGGUGCUGAUGGAGGACCGGCAGACCAACCGCCUCACCGAGUCCCUAAACAUUUUCGAGACGAUAGUCAACAACCGCGUCUUCAGCAAUGUCUCCAUCAUUCUCUUCCUAAACAAGACAGACUUGCUUGAGCAGAAAGUUCAAGUCGUCGCCAUCAAGGACUACUUCCCCGAGUACGAGGGGGAGCCCCACAGCCUGGCCGACAUCCAGAAAUUCUUGGUGGAGUGUUUCCGCAACAAGCGCCGGGACCAGCAGCAGAAGCCGCUGUACCACCACUUCACCACCGCCAUUAACACAGAGAACAUUCGCCUGGUAUUCCGCGACGUCAAGGAUACUAUCCUUCACGACAACCUCAAGCAGCUUAUGCUACAGUGAUGCUCUCUGGGACUUGUUGUUUUUAUUCCUUUUUAAUUAAUGAUCUUGUAAACAAUUGUUUGUGGGGAUAGAAGGAGAGGGGGGUUACAAGUCUGCAGCACAUGACAUGUGAGUGUGAGAAUAAACGGGAUGCUAUCGGACUCAAUGCUGCAGUAAGACAACUUUUUUUUCAUAGCAAAAACCACCCCUGUCUUUCUCCUUUGUGCUCUCUCUCUCUCUCUCUCUCUCCCUUUUAUUUUCCUUUUGUGGUUACAUUAACACCAAGAAUGAGUAAUUUUGUUUUAAUGACUAACCAAUGUUAAUUGAGAAUUUUAGGAGGACGGUUAAGUAUAUAGGGGUGGGGUGGGUGGGUGCGAUUGACUGGGCGGGAAAUUGUUCCCAAAAAAAAAAGAGCGAGCAGGGUGGUGGCAGAGCACAGAUCUAUUUGUAUGGGUUACUGAGCCUAUAACUGCAGAAUCCUCAAAUGGAGUUUAUAGUGGCUGGAACGUUCAAACCAUAAUUAUUUCACCGUGUUCCAAGCCAAACUGUUUGCCUACCACAAGUCUGGCCUUAAUUUUUAACAUUAUUAUUAUUUUUUUGGUUGUUUUGUUUUAUAACAGGAUGUAUCCAGAAAAGAACAUGGUUUUUGCUUUGUAUUUUUGUUGUGCAGUCUUUCAUGGAAAGUUCUUGUAUGUUACAGGUUUACAGUGCUUGCCUUUUUGUUUAUUACUACUGCUGGAUGUUUAAAAAAAGUAAAGAACUAGGAGAGCACGCUGGCAAACACUCGCUUACACAACUUGAUACAUUUGAAUUUGUGCAGUAGCCUGACAUGCAAAGCCAGAUAGUUGCUAUAGUAUAUGGUAUUAUCUCAGGGGCUGACUUUUGACCACUUUUAUUGCUUGCCUAUAAAGUUACUGUCGAUUUUAGUACCUUAAUGAACAUCUACAAACUGUGUCAAAGGCCAAUGGUGGUAUUAAAUCCAAAAGGCAGACUGUUCGUGUUUAUAUAUAAAACAAAUGUUUAGUGCAGUGAAAUUUUAUAUUUUGGGGGUGACAAAAAAAAAAACCCUAAUUUGAUUUACAAUUUCUUACUGGAAUAGUUUUUUGUAACUGAAUACCAAACUGAACCCCCAUUCAUUUUUAUUUACAAUUUCUGUGUAGUAAAAUUGUGUCUUUUUAACCUGUAAUGGCCUGAAAAGCAGCCUUAUUCAAAGUGCCAGUUUGUGACUAAAAAAGAUUUGUCUUUUUAUAAUGUCUGUCAGGUUUUAUUUUGGCUCUCAAAUUGAUUGCAUACGGGAGGGAUUUUUAAAAGCGUUCAAACUUGCCACUUUUUUUCAAUGGGUUAUAAAUGUUGUAGUGACUCUUGUACAGAAACCAUUCUUAAUUUUCAAAAUAGGUUUGAUAAAGGCGUUGUAUAUAAAUUACGAAGAAGUGUUUUAAAGGCUCAAGUUAUUUUUUAUUGUAAUCUGUAAUCUGAGUGAUUGUCAUCGCCAGUUUUUUUUAUUUGUUAGAUUUUAUUUUAAAGUCUUUUUUGUCUUUUUACAGCAUGCCAAAACAUUUCUUUUUGCUGUUCUGAAAAAAUGCUUUUUUGAAACUGAACAGUUUCAUUUAAAUGUAGUCUUUUUGCUGAGUGGAAAUCUCUGUAAUAGGUGCUUCCCUGAAUUUGACUCGUAAACCAGAAGCCUUACUGCUGUCCAGUUCAGUUGGUAUUGAGAUUAAAGCUUGAUUUUGUUUCUUAUUCACAUUCCAUUCCAUUUCAUCUGUGAGCUCAAACUUAAUGAAACUUCAGUAUUAUACAUUUCAAAAGUCUGUAUCUUCUGAAUAGUGGAAUUGGGGCUUUAGAAAUCUCUUUGUGUUCCAGUUUUGUUUUUUUUUUAUAGACUGUAUCAUCAGGUACUGCACUAUUACAAUGGUGAUUUCCUACUUUGUGAUACUUUUUCGUUUUAACAAUGAGCUGUUCUGUCUUUCAGUUUUCCUUUUAUUUUUGUAACCACCCUAUGCUGCGGGGUUGCACUGUACGAUGACCACGGCAAAAUUAAUAUCUUUUUGGCCCUCGAUCAUAGCAGCAAACAGUUCUUGUCUGGCUUCAGGCUUUGAUUCUGGAUGUAUGCUAUUCCUUGCUCUGCAUAUUGGUCCAAGUGACGAGCUUUCGGCGCAGUAUCUAGGAGGAUGGGGUGGUGUUUGUCCCUCAUCCUAAGAGGAUUUUCAGUUACAGUUGGCUUCUACAUAGGCGCCAGUUGCUGUACAGGGUGGCCUAUAAUGUUCCUUUUGUGAAUGUCUUCAAAAUGUUUUUCACCCAUUUCCUGGGAAGAUAUUCAAUGUGUGAUGUCCCGCCCCCACCCCCACCCCCCCAACCACAACAGUUUUUAUAAAUAAAGCCUUUGUGAAUAUUCCACAUGCUGACAUCUAAAUGGGUUUGGAGUUCUGAACUACAUAGUACAUGUGCAUAAUAUCCUCUGCUGUUAAAAUACUAGUCCAAAAUGAGCACUUUGAAAUAAGAGCCGUCUUUUUUU